CCGGCGCGGUUUGGGCGCUGCACCGCGGCAAGAUGGCGGACAGGGAGGAGGCGCUGAGGGAGUUCGUGGCCGUGACCGGCGUCGAGGAGGAGCGUGCGCGGUUCUUCCUCGAGUCCGCCGGCUGGGACCUCCAGAUUGCUCUUGCCAGUUUCUAUGAGGAUGGGGGUGAUGAGGACAUCCUGACCCUUCCCCAGCCCACCCCCAGCUCCGUAUCCAGAGGCACUGGAGCCAGUGACCACCGAGUAACCUCGUUCAGAGACCUUGUGCAUGCACAGGAGGAGGAUGAUGAGGAGGAGGAGGGACAGAGGUUUUAUGCUGGCGGCUCAGAGAGGAGUGGCCAGCAGAUCGUGGGUCCUCCGAGGAAGAAGAGCCCCAACGAGCUGGUGGAGGAUCUGUUCAAGGGGGCCAAGGAGCACGGCGCCGUGGCGGUCGAUCGGACGGCCAAGAGCGGUGGCGAGACGAGCAAGCCCAAGCCUUUUGCAGGGGGAGGGUAUCGCCUUGGGGCUACUCCAGAGGAGGAGUCGGCUUAUGUGGCAGGAGAGAGGAGACCAAACUCUUCUCAGGAUGUGCACGUUGUACUGAAGCUCUGGAAGAGUGGAUUUAGUCUGGAUAGUGGAGAGCUGAGGAGCUACCAGGAUCCAUCCAAUGCCCAGUUCCUUGAUGAUAUCCGCAGAGGGGAAGUCCCAGCUGAGCUGCGCAGGUUAGCACGGGGCGGACAGGUGAACCUGGACAUGGAAGAUCACCGUGAUGAGGAGUAUGUGAAACCUAAAAGUGUCUUCAAAGCUUUUACUGGAGAAGGACAGAAGCUGGGCAGCACGGCGCCCCAGGUGAUGGGCACCAGCUCUCCAGCCCAGCAGGCAGAGAACGAAGCCAAAGCCAGUUCUGCCAUCGUGAUCGAUGAGGCGGAGCCCGUCACCAACAUCCAGAUCCGGCUCGCUGACGGCGGGCGCCUGGUGCAGAAGUUCAACCACAGUCACAGGAUCCGUGACAUCCGGCUCUUCAUAGUAGAUGCUCGGCCAGCGAUGGCUGCCACCAGUUUCGUCCUCAUGACCACCUUCCCCAAUAAAGAGCUGACUGAUGAGAACCAGACCCUGAAGGAAGCCAACCUGCUCAACGCUGUCAUCGUUCAGCGGUUGACAUAAAGGACCCAGCUCUGGCCACGCAGCUGCGGCGCACGGGGUCGUCUCCUCCCGCGCGCGCGCCGGCGCCGUGCCACGCAGGCCCACAUCUGCUCCUAGCUCUGGGUUCUUAGGUCUUGGUUGGACUUUUUCUCUUUAGUUGCAUUUCCCAUGGGGUUUUUUGUGAUGAUGAUGAUGAUGAUAAUGAUGAUCAGUGGACUUUAAAAUAAAGAAGUGAAACAAA